AUGGAGGCAUCAAAGAAGCUUGUUGCAGUGUUUCUCGUUUGCAUCGUCAUGAUUUCUUCAUCCGUACACGUCUCCAUGGCUGACGGAGAAAGUAACGCAGAAAAAUUCAAAAAAGCAUUCACCGUUGCUGCAACUGAAUACACAGUUUGUUACAAUAUCUGUCAGAAAGUAUGCUCCGAUGCAGGAUUCGGAUACACACAUUGUGAAAUGAAGUGUGACGAAGAUUGUACCGCUAAAUUGCUCAAAGAGAGACUCCAAAACAUGAAGAAUUAA